AUGUCGAUGGGCAUGGAGAUUGUGGGCAUCGCCCUGGGAGUCAUAGGAUUCAUCCUGGGCAUCGUGGUCUGUGCUUUGCCCAUGUGGAAGGUUACAGCCUUCAUCGGAGCCAACAUCAUUACAGCCCAGACCAUCUGGGAAGGGUUAUGGAUGAACUGUGUGACCCAGAGCACGGGACAGAUGCAGUGUAAGAUCUAUGACUCCCUGCUGGCCUUACCUCAGGACCUGCAGGCUGCCAGAGCCAUGACCGUCAUCGCCAUCAUCCUGGGGAUUCUAGGGGUGAUGGUCUCCAUCGUCGGAGCCAAGUGCACCAACUGCAUCGAUGACGAAUCCGCCAAAGCUAAAGUCAUGAUCAUCUCCGGAAUCUUCUUCAUCCUGGCCGGUAUCCUCGUCCUCAUCCCUGUCUCCUGGUCGGCCAACACCAUCAUCCGAGACUUCUACAACCCCCUUUUGGUCGAGGCCCAAAGGAGGGAGCUGGGAGCCUCACUCUACAUCGGCUGGGGGUCGGCGGCCCUGCUCCUUAUUGGAGGAGCCAUGCUGUGCUGCUCCUGCCCCCCCAAGGAGGAGAAGAGGUACAAGCCCCCCCGCAUGGCCUACUCCGCCCCUCGCAGCGUGAGCGGGGGCGCAGCGGGAUACGACAGGAAAGACUACGUCUGA